GAUCUACGCGGUCGCUUCCAGUACCGUCUAGAUGGAUAGCACCAAAGUCUUUCGAGUCGCUAUCCUGCCAAUGUCACUCCUUCACAGACUAUUGGUGCUCUCCUUGACUUAUUAUCCCAAUCAAACCUCAGAAGUUGUAAUAUGUGGUCAAAAAUGACCCGCAAGACCACAUGCAUGACACAUCCGUGCACUAAUCCUCAAACAUUCCACCAUUAGCUGGUAGAAAAUUUUACCAUGGCGGAGGUUCUCAUCUCGGCGGUCGUCGGCGACAUGGUGGGCAGAGUGAUAUCUCUUCUCGCCAGCCGUUGCAGCAACCAAGAACAGAGCACCGACGACAAGCUACAGAAGAUAAGCCGUAUGCUUAUCAGGAUCCACAGUGUGGUGGAGGAGGCGAAAGGGAGGCACAUCACGAACGAUGUCGCCCUCGACUGGCUCUCGGAUCUUGACGAUGGCGUGUGGCAAGGCCGGUAUCUGCUCGACACGGUCAGACGCAGAGAUACAGAGCAUGAAGAAGAUGAGCAUGGUGAUGGUGAGGAGGUACAACCUUUCUCCCUGUCCUUGUUCAAUCCUGCAAAGCGGGUGCGUGUCGCUGCGAGCACCAUGAGGUGCGUACUGUCUGGCCGCAGCGCCAGCCUUGAUGAGAUCCACAGGGUGCUGGAGAACCUGCAAGGCCUGUCCGGUGAUCUCCGGGAGUUCCUGAUGCUCCUGCAAGGCUGCAACCGGAUCCGCCGGCCUCUGGCAACCAAUAUCUUCGUCGACAACGGGCAGAUGUUCGGCAGGCAUGUGGAGCGAGAAAGGAUCAUCAACUUCUUGCUCCACGACGACUACCGUCCAUCUCCAUCCAAGGAGAAGCUACCUCUGCUUCCGAUCGUCGGCGACAUCGGAGUCGGCAAAACCACCUUGGUGCAGCACGUCUGCGACGACGCUAGGCUGCGCAGCCGCUUCCCACUGAUCAUGUUGUUCGAUUUCUCGUCGACCUAUGCUAUUGCGCUGGGUGAGGCGGCCGUUGUUCUGAAAUCGAAGCAUGUGAUCGGAGGGUCCGGAAACCUCAAACACCCACUGCACGUGCUCAAUGAAAGCUUCCGCAGCAAGCGGUUCCUAAUGGUGUUCGAGGAUGUCGACAUGCACAAGAAGAAGAUGCUGGAGGAGCUCCUGCCGAGCUUGAGACGUCAUGGAAAACAGGGGAGCAAAAUCAUAGUCACCACCAACAACAUGCGUGUGGCCGCCAGCAUGGGAACCGUGGCGUCGAUCAGGCUCAAAGUCUUGCCACACCCGGAGUACUGGUUCUUCUUCAAGGCGCACGCCUUCGCUGCCACGGAUGUCGAGGAGAACCCGAGGCUGCUCGCGGUCGGCAGAGCCAUCGCCAUGAAGCUCAACGGGUCCUUCUUCGGUGCCAAGAUCGUCGGAGGGGUGCUGAGAGCCCAUCCGGAUCUGCGGCUCUGGUGCAAGAUCCUGAGGAGCGAUAUUGGGGGCUUGUCGUUGUUGGGUGAUGGCCUUGGGUACAUCGCAGAUUUGGCAGAGAAUCUGCUGCCGAGCCAUGUUAGCAUGCGCCAGCUGAUCAUAACCAAGAAACCAUUUCGCUCGACUCAGCCUAAAUUCGCCAUGUUUCAUGAUAUGUUUCUGCCAAGUCCUGAUGGCGCCCCAGAAAGCUGUAGCGCAGAUGUUGGUAACGCAAAAGUGUUGUUGUGCAGGUCAGUUCUCCCAUUCUAUUGUGUGUACUAUACCAUGCUCAUUGCGCCGUAAAUGUGUGAGGUAGUUCAUCACACAAUUCAGAUAUUAGUUAUAGGAAAACUGUAUGUGUUGGGAAACUAAAGCUUGUAUACGGGAAUUAUGUU